ACGUAAGCUGCUGACUAGCGAGCUAGCUGCCGACACAACUCCAGCUGAGAGGAACCGACGAGAGGAAAACAGAGCAGAUGAGGUCCAGGACUCACAAUAAAAUGUGUUGGAGCCGGGCCCUUCUCACCGGCUGGACUCUGCUACUGGUCCAGCUGCUGUGUUUAGAGGCUGUGCCCAUCAGUAUGGAUAAGACAAAAGUCAAAGAGCCAGAGAAAAAACCAGAGGAGCCUCCAGCUAGUGUGGACACUGGACUCCACUAUGACCGCUACCUCAGGGAAGUCAUUGAUUUUCUAGAGAAAGAUCAGCAUUUCAGAGAGAAGCUCCACAACACAGACAUGGAAGACAUCAAGCAAGGUAAGUUGGCCAAAGAGCUGGACUUUGUCAGCCAUCAUGUCAGAACAAAACUGGACGAGUUGAAGAGGCAGGAAGUGAACCGACUCCGAACGCUGAUAAAGGCCAAGCAAGAUCUUGAAGGAGGGAAUGACAUAGCAGUGGACCACCAGGCUCUGCUCAAACAGUUUGAGUACUUGAACCACAUGAACCCGCAUACAUUUGAAGUGGAUGACUUAGAUCGGCUCAUAAAAUCGGCCACUAAAGAUCUGGAGAACUACGACAAAGAGCGGCACGAAGAGUUUAAGAAGUAUGAAAUGAUGAAAGAGCACGACAGACGGGAGCAUCUAAAGACACUGGAUGAGGACGAAAGAAAGAAAGAGGAGGAGCACUAUGAGGAGAUGAGGAAGAAGCAUGCAGACCACCCUAAAGUCAACCACCCGGGAAGCCAGAAUCAGCUAAAGGAGGUGUGGGAGGAAGCUGAUGGCUUGGACCCUGAGGAUUUUGAUCCUAAGACCUUUUUCAACCUGCAUGAUACCAAUGGAGAUGGCUUUUUUGAUGAACAAGAACUGGAGGCAUUGUUUACCAAAGAGCUGGAGAAAAUCUAUGAUCCCACCAACGAAGAGGAUGAUAUGGUGGAGAUGGAGGAAGAGAGGCUACGUAUGAGAGAGCAUGUUAUGAAUGAGGUAGACUCUAACAAAGACAGGCUGGUCUCUUUAGAUGAGUUCCUGGUUGCUACUAAAAAAAAAGAAUUUUUGGAGCCAGAUAGUUGGGAGACCCUGGAGCAGAACCAGGCGUACACAGAUGAGGAGAUGAGGGAGUUUGAGGAGCAUCUUGCUCAGCAGGAACAGGACCUCAACGAGAAGGCUUUUGACCUCCAGAAACAGAGAGACGAACUGGAGAGACAGCAGGAGCAGCUUAAUGCACAGAAAAUAGAGCUGCAGCAGGCAGUUGAGCAUAUGGAACGGCUGAAAUCACAGAAAGCAGAAACUCCGCCGGAGGUUCACGUCGAAGGAAAUGCUAUUCCAGAGAUGCAUGAAAUCGACAACCAGUUGCAUCCUGAACAAGAGGCCCAAGCACAAGAACAUCAACCUGCACCCCAAGAUCCUCAAUAUAUACCUCAGGAACAUCAUCAACAACAACAACAACAACAACAACAACAGCAGCAGCAGCAGCAGCAGGACCUGGCACAGCACGGUCUCCCCCAGACACACCAGGACCUGCCACCAGGGCACCAAGAAGCCGCACAGGGCCAGCAUAACCUGCCAUAACAAUGCUCUCAAAACUUGAACCUCCACAACAGGACAUUUGCAGCACCUCCACUCCAGCGUGCAGAAGAGCAUUUCCUUCUGAAUAUUAGGCCUCUUUAACCAGCAUGACUUAGAGGUUUGAAGGACAUGAGGUGAAGGAGAGCAGCACAAAAGGAAUCUCUGCUGAACCCAGUGUUUGAUAACUGUAAUCCUUGGAUUACAUAAUGGAGUUACACUAGCAAAAUCACCAACCAAGGACAUCCUAAAAUGUUCAUACUUACAUUUUCAAAGAGUGUUUGAUUACAUUACAAAUGAGCAAGAAUGUUUGGUAAUACAAUUAUAUAUAUAAAAAAUAAUAAUAAUUGGUGAGCUUUCUUGACCUGCUGUUUUCAAAGCACAGAACCUCUUAUCAAUGACAAGCCACUGGUUCUACAGCCUGGUAGGUUUGAGCUAACAGCCUGUUGGAUAUGCUCAGUGCAGCUGUUGAUGGGGGAUAAGGUGUAAAAAGUAAUUUAAAUUUCAUCAUUUUGAGUUUGACUUGACUCUCAGAAUACUCCCAAACAUCUUAAAACAAGCAUGUAAUGGCUGCAACCAUGUACGCUCAUGCAUCCACACAUUGUCCUUUUUUGCCAAUUGGCAUGGACAGUUGAUCAGCUGUUCUCUGACUCAUGACAAAGCUUUGCACAAAAUCUUGGGCAAGUCUGUGAGUCCAUUUGGAAAUAAUCCAUCCCCACUGCCAGUCUCAUGUAAUCAUAAUCUACAAGCCUUCGAUCGAAUUUUUGUGGAAUACAUUUUAUUUUCACGACUUCCAGCUGCAGCUGUCCCCAAAUAUUACUACCUUUUAACCAGAGAAGCCAGACUGCUCAGUCUUUACACUUUUGUCAAGAUUUGCCAAUACUUUUGUUACUUUCUUACUCUUGAUUCUGGUUGGUUUCAUAACUUGUCAGUCGUUUACCUAUCUUCAAACAUUAUAAUUUCAUAUGUAUCAUUAAAGAUUUUUUGAGUUUUCUUAACUGAGGAAAAUGCUCUGCCCUAAAAGACGUCAGGUACAGGACUACAGGAACUGGCCAUUUUGGAGCCACACUGAAGCCGCUCUGCACUGACUUUGAUGUCAAAAUAAAUUAAGGUGCUAGGUUAUUUUAAAAAAAAAAAAAUUAGGUGUGACAUUUUUACGAUAUCAUGACAGCCGAAAGUCCUGAAGAUGCUUAAAUGGGAGCUUGAGGUUACUUUCAGUGCACUGGACUUCUGAAAUCAUAGAUUAGCUUUUAAACAGUUUAACAGGCAUUUUGAUUUUGGUCUACUUUUCAUACACAAAGUGUAUGCAACUUUCAUGAGUUGAUCAUUAUUGAUCGUGAUUUUUAAUUUGUUCUAUAUAACAGUUUUGUUAAGCUUGUUUUGUCGAUCACGGUCAGGGUCGUAAAUUAGCAUCAGUCACCAGCCAAAUGCUGGUAAAAUAUGCAAGUGGCUGCUAGAUUUGCUUCACUCGCCAGCCAAAAAAAAAACAAUGGUCAUCUAUUGAGUGGCUGGUAGAUUUCAUUUGUUCCACCAGCUAUAGGAAGGAAGGUAGACAAAAAAAACUUAAUUUCCAGCCCUGAUAAGGUUGCAGACUUUUGCUCCUAUGUUGGCAAGCAUGUUUCAUCAUAGUUUUCUUCAAAGUAUUUUAUUGAAGCAACUGCUGGAUUUGGUAAAUAUGUUCAGUUUAUUUCAAGGUUUUAUUGGAAAAAAUAGCAAAGCCCUAAGCUGAUAAGAGCUGAUAUCACCACUGUCUUUUUGUUGUCUGAUUAAUAUUGUCUGUUAAAGUCAAAGUGUUGUAUCAUGAAAACCUCUGAAUUUGCAUUGAUUUCACAUCAUUAUAUUUGGCACAUGACAGGUACUAUUUGGUAUUAAUUUGAAAAACAUGUCAUGGCAUAUUUUCCCCCACAAAUUACCUGUUUGGUGUAAUUGCUGUACUAUCCAGGUUGCUUUUUAUCCAUGUAAUGUCGUGUUUUUUUUCUAGCUGGCAAACUGGCCAUGGCAAACUGGUGUUUACUUAUUGCCACUUUUUAUUGAAAAAGGCUUAAUUUGCAUCCAGUGAGAUAACAGGUUUUGCCAUGUUGUGGUUUUACUUUAUACAAAAUCUAGAUAUCAAUACAAACUCUUCUUUGCAGUAUCAUUUUGUUUUCUGUGUGCCAAGUGUUUCUUUGAGACAAUACUGCAUCAUCUUUUGCACAAAAUGUAUAGAUUGUGUUUUCCCGAUCGCUUGCUGCUGGAUAAAAUACAGUAAUUUGACAAAAUUGUACACCUCAGUUCAAGAUAAUAAACAGUUAUGGUGAUCUUUCA